AUGGAGAGAGAAAGAAGGGGCCAUUUCACAUAGUGGGUCCCACGGCACUUAACUCUUACAGUUUUCUCUCUCCUCGUCUUCUUCAAUCUUCAUCAUCUUCACUGUCCUCACUUCACACUCUCUCUCACUCUUCCUUCUUUCUCUCUCCUCGGGACGACCAAAAUACUUCAGAUCUAACCACCCAGAAAACCCUAAACAUUUAACAAGGACUAUCUGCGUCCUUAAUUAGCUCCAUCGUCAAUGGCAGUGGCAGAUGCAGAAAAUCCUCUUAUAGGAGAAAACACUUGUGGAACUUUGCUGCAGCAGUUACAGCGAAUAUGGGAUGAAGUUGGCGAAAGUGAUGAGGAUAGGGACAAGAUGCUUCUUCAGAUAGAACAGGAAUGUUUAGAUGUCUACAAAAGGAAAGUUGACCUGGCUGUUAAAUCAAGGGCUCAGCUUCUCCAGACCUUGGCUGAUGCUAAUGUUGAACUGUCUACCCUCCUAUCUGCUCUUGGAGAUAAAACUGUUUUCGGAAUGCCUGAGAAAACUUGUGGAACGAUUAAGGAACAACUUGCAGCUGUUGCACCAACAUUGGAGAAGCUGUGUAAACAAAAAGAGCAGAGGUUGAGAGAGUUCUCUGAUGUACAGACACAGAUUCAAGAAAUCUGUGGAGAAAUUGCUGGGAAGUUGAACCUGAAUGAUGAAGCACCAGUAGUUGAUGAGUCCGAUUUAUCCCUAAGGAAGUUAGAGGAAUAUCUUGCUCAACUUCAAGAGCUUCAAAAAGAAAAGAGUGAAAGGUUGCACAAGGUAUUGGAAUUCGUGAGCACUGUGCAUGAUCUUUGUUCUGUCCUUGGUAUGGACUUCUACAGCACUGUGACAGAAGUGCACCCAAGCUUGAAUGACUCUAAUGGUUCGCAGUCAAAAAGCAUAAGCAAUGAAACACUGUCAAAGCUUGCUGAGACAGUUAUCGCUCUAGAAGAGGACAAGAAGCAGAGGCUUCAGAAGCUUCAAGAGUUAGCUAGCGAGUUAAUUGAUCUGUGGAAUCUAAUGGAUACACCUGACGAAGAGCGAGAAUUGUUUGACCAUGUUACAUGUAACAUAUCAGCCUCAGUGGAUGAAGUCACCAUUCCAGGUGCUCUUGCUCUGGACUUGAUUGAGCAGGCUGAGGUUGAAGUAGAGAGGCUUGAUCAUCUAAAGUUUAGUAGGAUGAAGGAAAUCGCAUUCAAGAAGCAGGGUGAACUUGAGGAGAUAUAUGCUCGUGCACAUAUAGAAAUUGAUACAGAAGCUGCUCGUGAAAAGAUUUUGGCAAUUAUUGAUGCUGGGAAUGUGGAGCCCACAGAGUUGAUUGCUGACAUGGAUAGUCAGAUCUUGAAGGCCAAAGAAGAGGCUUUUAGCAGAAAAGAGAUUUUGGACAGGGUCGAAAAAUGGAUGUCGGCUUGUGAAGAAGAGAGUUGGCUUGAAGACUACAACCGGGAUGACAACAGAUAUAAUGCUAGCAGGGGUGCUCACUUAAAUCUUAAGCGGGCAGAGAAAGCCAGAAUUAUGGUGAACAAAAUCCCAGCAAUGGUGGAGACUCUAGUUGCCAAAACUCGCACUUGGGAAGAGGAAAGAGGCCUAACAUUCACCUAUGAUGGAGUUCCCCUUCUUGCUAUGCUGGAUGAAUAUGCCAUGCUCAGGCAUGAGAGAGAGGAAGAGAAGCGGAGGUUGAGGGACCAAAAGAAGUAUAUCGACCAGAUGGGGGGCACAGACCAGGAAACUGUUUUCGGGUCAAGGCCAAGCCCAAGCCCUGCUAGACCCGGUAGUGCAAACAAGAAAGGGCCACGUGCGAAUGGAGGUUCCAAUGGGACCCCCCGUCGACUCUCUCUAAACAACACUCAAAACGGAACUCGGUCAUCCAAGGAGGGUAAGAUCAGGCCAUCAGGUCCGGUGAACUAUGUUGCCAUAUCGAAAGAUGAUGCUUCUUCUCACAUCUCUACCUCGGAUACCAUUCCUGUUACACCUUAAAUAGUUGAGAGUAGAAGCAACUUCUGUAGGUCUUUAAUGUCAUAGUGUAGUUGUAGUUUGUUGUUGUAGGAUGGUAAUUGUGAACAGUAAGAGGUGUAGUAACUAGUAAGAGAGUAUUUAGUAUAUACUGAGAACAGUCUGUGUGUGUUAUAUUACCAAGACAAGAAGCUUACUAAAUACUAAUCCCAUGCUAUUACGUAAAAGUAUAUUUUUCUUUUCUUA